AUGUCUUCGAUAUCGUUCCCGCACUCAGGCGACGAAAUGGGCUCAUCUUCUAGCUCACUGCACGACUCGAUGCAGGCGCCGUUCUACACCCCCACUCCGUUCGAUAUGUCAUCUUCCUUUCAAAUGAAUCCUCUUUCUGCGCACCCGCCUCGUACGCCGCGCCCCAGUACUACGCAGUCGCACUUUAGGAAUAUGAGCAUGAGUAUUAGCGUGUACGACGAAAAGGCGGAGGAAGAACAGGACAGAGAGACGGUUAAAGCAGACAAGGCGGAGGUAGAUGAAGACGAGAUCGUGGAGCUAGACGAGGAAGAUGUACAUGUCAAAGAGGCUGAAAAGUUAGUUGGGGCUCACGAGGUGUGGCGAGAUAUGUUUGUUACAAGUAACGGACGAGACAAAGCAUUUAAAUUAAUGCAAUACUCGAUACGUGUGUAUCUGCUCUUCCACAGCAAGAUUUUAUUUCGUAACAGGAAGUCCGCUUGGCAGCGGGAAAUUGCACGAAGGCUUGGGGAUGCAAAAUGGGGGCUUUCUUUCACGAGAAAAAUGCUUAUCAUGUUCAACUGGUUAGCCCCCCUGAGUCAAAUAUUAGCGCAACAAUCCGUACCCUUCUCGUCUUCCGGAUCUUCCCUUGUGCCUCACAGCUUCACAGCUACCUCUGCGCCAUCCUCCAAAUCUUUGCAAUCAUCGGGGGGUCCCUUCCUUUCGCACCCGGUCCUCCGAGCUUUGCUGUCGGCUCCGCCCCCUGUUCUCCUAGAGCUUGUAAAUGGUUUGUCGGAUGAUAUACACUCACUUUCCCGGCUUGGCAUAAUAGGAUCCAAGCUGGGAGAGCGUGCGGCCCGGUUUGCUGACUGGUGUUGGCUCUUUUCCACACUGGUCGGUCUGGUAGAGAAUGGGGUCGAAUUGGGGGUCAUUGAGGGCCUUCGACGAGAAGUUCAAUCAAGGGCAUACAAAGAGUCGCUCUCAGGAGCUACCUCUAAGUCACAACCAAAAACAUCAAAAAUCGACGAACGUGAGCUAACGCGCUUAGAAAAGCAGAACUACUGGCUCCAGAUCUCAAGGGCAAAGCUUGCCAUGGAUCUCAUUUUCGUCUCGUGGGAUAUCUGUAGGAUCAAAGGGUGGAAAGACACUGUCCAGUCCUUCACUGGCCUUGCAGCCGCGGUCCUGAGCUGUGCAAAGUUGCACGACAAGUAUAGAACUGCGCUUGUCAACAAGGCCCUGACUAGUUGA